UUCUGAAAAAAACAAGAUCGUCGGGACUGCCAUCCUCCCCGAAACAAGUUCCGCCUGUUUCGUGGUGUUGAUCUGCUCGGAAAGCGUACGGAAUCCCAAACCCUUUUCUAUCAAGCGAAGAUCCUUGGCUAGGGUUUCCCCGUCGGCAACUUGGCGAUGACGGUAAAAUGGUGAAGCUGAUGCACUGGCAGCCGAAGCCAGGAACGACACUGAGCACGCAGAUUCUGACGGAAGCGUGCCUGAGCGUGGAGAGCAUUGGGGGUCAGAAGGACGGGCGAUGGCGUUCGGUGCUUACAUUCUACAGGCCGAUGCAGCGGGACGCCUCAGUGCCGGUCGAACACCCACGGGACUUCCUUGGACUUGCUCUCCAGGAGCAACCUUCCAAGUACUAUUUCAUACUUCGUCCUAACCGCAUUGUUCUUGAGGCGGACGCCUCCAUCCAGGUUGUCAUGGAGAAGCUGCAAUCCUACAAGGCUAGGGUUACCCUCAACUUUGAGGGUUUUCAAUAUAAACUAGGUGACUUCCAAGUAAGAGUAGGAAAAUGCAUUCCUUCGACAUCAGAGGCUUUAAGAGGAAUCAUGAUGGAGGUUGAGUAUCUCCCCCUGUCAUCCAUCGAUAAAUCCAAGAAAGUUCUGGAAGAUUUCUUUGACAUUUGGCAGGAAACCAUUUCGAAGAAAUCAUUACCCGGAAUUUUCAUGCACAUUGAAUCCAACUUUGCUGAUUAUGGCCUUCAAGAUCGCUAUACUUCUCUUCACACUGCAGUACAGUACGCAACCUGCAUGGCUCAGUUAAUUGCCGCAGUGAGAGGUUAGCAAAACCAUCACUUUUGGGGCUUUGCUCUGAUAGACUGUGCUCGGUUUUAGUGAAUCGAAGGAGAGGAAAUGAGCAGUUUGUUGUAAUUAUUAUUAUUAUUAUUAUUUGUAUAAUAUUUAGCAAUAUUUAUUAUUGCC